AUGUACAGUGACAACGCGUGCGCACUGCAGGAGCCUCUCUGCGUGCCACCGGAGUUAACCGGCAUGACCUCGCCGAAUGCACCGGAUCAGCGCACCUAUCCUCGUGAGAGCCCUUCUCCGGAGGGGCGCACUCCUUCGUCCCCAAAGAGCCCUCGUACUCCGCCUCCCCCUAGGAAGGAGCCCACGCGGCGUGCAAGGUUCCCGGAUCGCGUGUACGCUCACGCGGCAGCCGUCUUCGCAGCGGCGCGGGCGGGGAAGCCGCGCGCGCUCAGGGCGAUCCGCUACGGCCCCUUCGCGCUCUCCAGCGCCGGCGGCACAUCCGUUCCCGCGGAUGGUUCAAACGCCGAGCGGAAUGAGCUCCGGGCAUAUCAGCUGGCAUUCAGUGCCCUAAAAUACCAAGAACUAUUGGAGGGAAUAUUGAUUGACAGCUGUUUCAACUCAUGUCAGCAAAUGCCGGAUGGCCUAACGGCCCUCGUGGUGGUCAUGCUGUACGACUUCCAGGACAGGAAGUUCCAAUCCUGGGAGCCAAUACCAGAAGAUGGGGAGGAUCUUUUUAAGGAAGUGAGGCGGGUGGAGGGCAGCCUAUUCAGAUUUAGGACUAAGCUUGCAGCUGCACUGGCUCGAAGUAGGAUAAAGAAAAAUCUGCCAUCGAUUGAUGACAUACUGCCAACAUGUGUGAGAGCAAAACACCAGAGGAAACACAAGUUGCCCAUCUAUGCCUGGGUCAACACACUCAAGACCAAUGUAGAUGAAGUGUGUGAGACAUUGAAGGCACAGGGCUUCAUCCAGGGAAACCCCCACACUCAUCUGGAGGGGAGUAUGUUUAGUAAGGACACACAUUGUCCUGACAUCCUGCGGUUUCCACAGCAGGUUCCAGGACUCCUGAACAGGACUACAUUACUGAUGGAUCAUAAAAUCAUAAUACAGAAUAAGUCCCGCUGUCUUGCUGCAUGUGCGGUGAGACGCCUGUUGGUGAAAGAUGCUGAUAUUCUGAUGGUGGGAUUCUUCUCUGCACACACUGUGGCUCACGUAGCUGUCCAGGCUUCUGUCUGUUCUGCCCACAUCUAUCUCUGUGGGUACCCUGAUGACCCCACCCAGAGGGAGGAGCUACAGUCUACCCUCUCUACCAUUGGCUGCAAAAAUGUGCACUUGUUGCCGGCCGGAUUUGGUGAGCUGAACGAAUGGGAUUCGCACCUUCAGAAGGUGAGAGUCGCCCUGCUGCUCCCCCGCUGCACUGCAUCAGCACUGUGUGACCCCAUCACGCACAUCCUCCAGGAGGAUGGAGACAUGGACCUUCUGCGUGACCUGUCCCGAGGCUACGUCUCUGACGCCAAACUACAGUCCCUGGUCACCAGACAGAAACGAGACCUCAGCCAUGUGUUGACAUUUCCUAAGGUGCAUGCCGUGGUGUAUUGCACAUGCUCAGUGUAUGCUGAGGAGAACGAGGAGUUGGUGAAGAGCACACUUGAGAAGGCUGCUGUCAGACCCAAGCUACAGCCUUUCAGAAUAGUGUCUACAGGAUGGACAGAGGAGACGGAGGAGAAGUUCUUCCAGCUGCAGGAAUCAGACACCACUGAUGGCUGCUUCCUCUGCGUGCUCAAGCGUGAGGAUCCAGUGGAACCGGAGUCCGUGCAGGACAUACUGGCGCGGGCAGCUGCAAAAGGCUUAUUGGGUGGGCUCAUAACGGCCAAGCCAGCGGAGCGCACUAAGCCCAGAGAGAGGAGGAGAGAGAGAGAGAGAGAGAGGAAGAAGAAGAGAUACAGGCGAAAAACGGACUCCCUGCCUCCAACCUCCUCACCUCUCCCUGAAGCUGGUGGCGACAUCGUACGGUUUCCCACAGCGACCAAUGGCCCGAUUGCAGCAUCAGUCACUAGCGGGCUGCCUAGUGUCUCCCGGGACCUAGCCCUAAACCUGACAUCUCAGGACCCCGAGGACGCAGGGCUUUGUCCGUCUGCUUCUACUGUCCUGGAUCAGACAUCUACUGUUCUCUGCCAGGACGGCGGCGUCCUGAAUGGGGCUUCCGAUAAGGUGAGCUGGCAGCCCAAAGGUAAUAGGAUUCAAUCAAGAACGCAGAGACACACCCGAAGAAUGAGGACACAAUCUGAGACCCACCCUCACGCCGCACCCGUUACGCAAGGGUUACGCCCAGUCUGUGUAACGCUUCCCCGCAAGCAGGCCAAAUGUGCACCCUUCCGGACCGGGCUGGUAGCUCACCGAUCUCAGGAAGUGGAAAAAGAGCUCCAGGACUUGCCGGGUGGAAAAAGAGAUGAGCAGGAAGCGCUUGGCCCCAGAACGCGAGUUUCUGAACUCGCCUCGGUGUUAGAAGUGAAGUACAGAGCCCAGCAGUGCGGACAGGCCACGGCUCAAGAGGCACAUGGGGCACUUCCGUCCAUCUCUACGCCCAAUUCCUCAGUCCUCUCCUCUGAUUCGUCCCCCCACUUGUCUGCCCCCUUUGCGUCUGCCACACCAGUGCCGUCCAGCGGCUCGUCCGAGAGCUGA